AUGCUGAAGGCACCACAAGAAGGCACCCGAGACGUUCUUUUGGAGAAUGCUGUUUCGCAAGAAAAACGACACCUGUACUCGUUUGAGUACCUUUGGAACAACGGCGGUGCUGCCCUCGAGGUAUUCCAUGAGGCCCCCGAGUUCCAGCCCCUGGAACGAAUCUGCCUGCAGCACGCGCCCCUAUGCGCCGAGAAUUUGCCCUGCCAGGACUCCAUCGUCAUGAUAGGAAACUGCUGUCCCAUCUGCGCUUCUGCGUUGCUAAUACAUCCGGGACCAAACUUUGUCUUCGACGAUGUUGUGCAGCUCCUCUUCAAUGGCAUCGUCAAGCCGCAGUACGGAGGACACGUGCAAGCCUACGUGCACAGGACCUACACCGGACUCAUACAGGUCAUCACCGUCGAUCUCGGCAGCACCAACAAUGGGAUGCCCAUAGAGCCAGGAAAAGCUCACAAACUCGCCACUGACAUUUACGAGACGAUCACAGGCAAGGAUGCCGAGCGCUACAGCGUGCUUAGCGCCAGCCUGAGUGGAAGUGAAAAGUGGAACAGCACGCUGGCUGGCGGAAGCGGAGCAUCGCAAGGAGGCUCCGUAGCCGGCAUAGUGCUGGGAGUAUUGUUCGCACUGCUCCUGCUCGCUGGCGCCAUCUACGUCAUCUAUCGACGCUACGGAUUCAGACAUCCGAGGACCUUAUUCAGGGGACGACCUUUGCUGCCCAUGGCCCGUUUCGACGACGGACGCAUUGAGCUAGAACUGGGCACCACACCCCACGACGCCCUGGUGCCAUCCGGAGACGAGCCCAGCUUCGAGAACCCCUUGGCAGGACCCUUUGAGAGCUUUCCUCAUUUUGGCACCAGUGAAAAGCAGGAACCAGGGACUUUUUCAAACCCAGCUUAUGAAGAAACAAAGAGUGAGAAUAGCCAAGAUGAGUUGCAGUGACGCGAAGAACGACAACACACGACAGUGGUAAUGAUAUGUCAACUUUCUUUUUUUGAAACAUAGCAUUUGUGCAUAGCAUUUGUACAGGACAGCUGAACCUUGUUACAAAAAAAAUUUGCAUCCCACACAAAAAUACAUUUGUUUUUAUAUAUGCUGCUAUCCAUCAUAUACCCACGCUCGCAAGAUGCUGAUAUUAGCAAGAAACUAAGAUUUAGAUUGUUAUAUUCAUAUUUGUUGCUACCUAUACCAUGGACUAUGUGCACAAACUGUAUGAGAAAUUAUAGCCUAGGAAACCUUGAAGUUGUCAAGAAGCACUGUUGGUUAUGCAAUAUUAUAGAUCGUAGCAGUCAAUGGUUGUGCCCAAUGAGCUCUUGAUUACUGAAGAGUUAGAGUGCAUUCAAAAUUACAAGUUACCUUCACAACUCAAAGUGAACCUCUGUAGAAAAAGGCACAAGUCAAUCAGCUGACGAAGUGUCUGCGAUAACAGUCACAUAACUUCGUGAUCCCCAGUACAC